CGACAGCCCUCUGGAAAUAGCAGCAGAUUUCGUUGAACUGUUAUUCUGGUUUUAUUGUGGAAACUUAACCCCUCGAGGUGGAGAAUUAAGCAGUUUUUUGACAGAAAAUAUGCCGGUCACAGCCAUCUGAAAACGUCGAAGCCGCCAUUUUGUUGUGACUUCAAAAUUUUGUGGAUGUGCUCCAGAACGUACAGCUUUUCCAUUUCGUCACUUGAGGAAUCUAAUGCAUUCUGUUUUAAUAUAGCCGUUUUGGUCUUUUUAAGACCUUCUUUAUCGAGAUAAUUCAAGGAAGAAUAACCGAGAGGAGGCAAAAUGUUUUGGAAAUUCGAGUUGCACCCGAACUCUGCGAUAGAUACGAUGUUGACUAGGGAGGUGAGUUGGUCUUGCAUACUAAAGCUGAAAAUACAGCGUUUCUAAACGCUUGAACAUGUUUCGUAUUUUCCCACACUUUUUUUUGUUUAGUUAUGCGAAUUUUAUUUUUACUAGGACUGUACCUUGAGCGAAAUUUUGGACGAAGAUGACGUGCUGCAAGAAACGAAAUCACAAAAUAGGAAAUUGAUAGAUUUGUAAGUAGAAAUAUCCUUGCUUCUCAAUAUUUGCCUUUGUUGAUAAAUUUUUCAGCCUGUACUGUUUUGUUAGAUUGAUUUGGGAUAUCAUACACAAGUUACAGAGUUCUGAGUCAUUAAAUCAGAGUCACCUUUAAUCCUCAACAAUUUCUUGGAAAUGCUUAAACUUUAUGAAAUGUAAGCUUGAGCUUAUACGAAACGAAAAUAAGCCUUGGAUCGCGAGAAAACGUAAUCUUUACCCCCUUAUAUCUUAAACACUAGCAGGGGAGGAGAAAGGGAAAUUAGAAUAAAUUUUAGAAGCAAAAAAAACUGCAGUUUGUAAAUAGCAAACUUAAAGGAAAUGAUUAGAAAAUUAGAUUACAGUCAAAUCGACCUCGAUUACUUUAAUAUGUAAGUUAAUCCUUAUCAUCUUAUAUCGUUUAUCACCCUUCCCAGUUUUAUCAGAUGAAAUGCACCUUAUAUCUUUUUAUUUUGUUCUGUGUAUUUAUAAAGGAAACUUUUGUGAUAUGUGAUUGUAUGUGAUAGUUAUGCAGUUGCAAUAUUACAGCUUACAUUAAAACUAUUUCAGUUUCUUCUUCCACAGGCAGCCCAAACUCACGUUGCGAGAGAAGGGUGUAAUGUAAUUUACAUAACAUAUGUGACGCGCCGGUAUCGCGUUACAGGCGACCGUUGAAAAUAUAAGAGACUUUGUAUGGGAAAUAUAUUACUGAGAUCUGCGACCGCCAAAUAACGCUAAACCUUACUUUUUCUUAAAUGAAAUGAAUAAAAAAGUCUUACCUGCAAUCUAUUCUGCUGCGAUUUGGUGUCUGUUUGUCGUUUUACUGUUUUUUUGGCUUUAUUGCGUAACCACUGUUACUCCUUUCAUAGAACGAAGUGAAGGCUGGUCACUUCCAUCUGUAGGGGUCCUGGACCAGUAACAAAAAAAAUGCCGUUUUUUUCGCCGAAAUUCAAAUCCGCUGCAAAAUUUUCAGCUCCAGCCCAAGAAGGAAACCUCUUCUUCCUCUCUGGGAGAUCGGCUCGAAAAAAAAUCCAUAAUUUCCCCAUCAAAUCGAGCCAUUUGUGCCGGACUUCGAGGCAAGUCUGGCUUUCGUGCAGUGCCUGUGACCAUUGUCGCGCUUACCAAGGUUUCCAAUUUCAAAUGCAAACUAGUUGCUAGGGUAGCGUGGUGAGGCGAGGAGCCUAGUUAACGAGUCAUUUCUGCCCUUGCACCCGUCGCGUAAGUGCUAAUUGUCACCCUAGCAACUAAUUUGCAUUUGAAAUUGGAAACCUUGGUAAGCGCGACAAUAGUCACAGGCACUGCACGAAAGCCAGACUUGCCUCGAAGUCCGGCACAAAUGGCUCGAUUUGAUGGGGAAAUUAUGGAUUUUUUUUCGAGCCGAUCUCCCAGAGAGGAAGAAGAGGUUUCCUUCUUGGGCUGGAGCUGAAAAUUUUGCAGCGGAUUUGAAUUUCGGCGAAAAAAACGGCAUUUUUUUUGUUACUGGUCCAGGACCCCUACAGAUGGAAGUGACCAGCCUUCACUUCGUUCUAUGAAAGGAGUAACAGUGGUUACGCAAUAAAGCCAAAAAAACAGUAAAACGACAAACAGACACCAAAUCGCAGCAGAAUAGAUUGCAGGUAAGACUUUUUUAUUCAUUUCAUUUAAGAAAAAGUAAGGUUUAGCGUUAUUUGGCGGUCGCAGAUCUCAGUAAUAUAUUUCCCAUACAAAGUCUCUUAUAUUUUCAACGGUCGCCUGUAACGCGAUACCAGCGCGUCACAUAUGUUAUGUAAAUUACAUUACACCCUUCUCUCGCAACGUGAGUUUGGGCUGCCUGUGCUUCUUCUGGAGUAUUUAAAACCAAAUUCUUCAACCUAAAAUAUACAUUAUUUUUUCUCAAAAUUAAAAAGGAUCCACUUUUGAAAUUUGUUGUAUUUAUUGAGUGUUCUUGAAAUGGUUGAUUUUAAUGUAAACAUAAAUGCCAGUUUUAUUAUCAACGAGUUGAUUUUUCAUUAUUACAAAACUUUUAAAUACAUCAUAUUCAUUUUGCAUUCAUUUUCUUUAUGAUAUUUUUCUCAAUUUGUAGCAAAUGAUGUACAUAAAAAGUUGUAAUACAGCAUGCAUAUGGUCACCCAAUUUCUAAGCACUUUAUUUCAAAGUCAAGGGGUAUUUUUCAUGACCUGCACAAACUCCAUAUCACAAAAUUUCUUAUUAAAUUGUCCUGCCUGGGGAAUCAAACCCACAACCUCCUGCUCUGUAGUCAAGCUCUCUACUGACUAAGCUAAUCCUGCUGCAAAGAGCAGCUCUCAAAUAUUUUUUACCUAAGGCAGUUUUAUGUAUUUUUUUAGUUUACUUCCUUACACAAGGCAACCUGUCUGAGAUCUUGCUGAUUGGGCAAUUACUUGUCUGGCAGCGAAAUUAGCUUUUCGCAGUCAACUGCACAAGACUUUUUUGUGCCCUUAAAAAAAGCAUCAACUCCAUAAAGCACAUAAAAUUGUGGAUAGAUCUUACGUUUUUAUACAUUUCUAGGUUCUUAACAUAUGUAUGGUGUGAGUAUUCAACAUCAUGGCCAUUCAAAAUUAAGUUUUUGCUUCACUGUUGUUCUCAGUUUCCUUCGUCCAGAGAUCUUGGAAGAGCUUGUGACCCUUGUCUUGGAUCCUCCAGAUGAGAACAAAGAAGACUGCCUGAAAUAUAAGUAAGUGGUUAAUCAGAGUUUAUACUAGGGUACCUUGAAUCUAGAGUGCUAAGUGAAUUCUUAUAAACUGCUGCACUGCACAUAUCCAGGGCUGUCAACUCUCCUGGAUAAUCCGGGAGACUCCAGAUUUUGAGCCAUUUCCCCUGGUCUCCAGAAUAGAGUCUUAAAUCUCCCUGAUAAUUGGUGAAGUUUGCCAUUUCUUGUAGAUUUGACUUUCUGACAAUGAAAUUUCAAAUACUUUGGGUUGUUUGAGCUAUUUUACUGUUGACAUUGAACGUUUCUUCGCAAAGUCCAGUAUGCCAUCGUAAUAUAAGCAAUAAUGUGAUUGGUGGGAAGUAAACUAAUUAAAUGUUACAAUUCCAACAAUAUCUUUUUCUCACCUUUUUUUUUUACAAAUGACAUCAUGUACUGUUUACAUUGUGACAUCAUUUAUCUUCCUUUCCCCAUCAAUUCUCAAUAUUUGAAGACGUGGGGGGUUGACAGCCCUGCAUAUUUUGUUUUCAAGUUUCGAUAAAGACCAGUUAUUCAUUGACACUGCUGAAAAGAGCUCCUUACUGCGCUUUUCAAUAACAUGCGAAUUCAGAAACUCAAAAGCCAACUGAUGAUUGUGUUUCUUGCUGCCAUCAAUCAUCUUAAUGGACCUCUUAGGAAACAAAACUUUACUUUAACGGGUUCAAAAGGUCAUGGUUUGUGAUUUCUGAUUGGUGGAUUUCGAUCCGUUUUGUGUGUUUCUGCAUUUCAAGGUUCGUUGCUUGUGAUCGUAACUAUGAUUGACGGCAGCAGAAAACGCAAUUGUGAAGGCGGCUUUUGAACUUUAGAGUUUGCAUGGUUGUGAAAAGCGCAGUAAAAUAAGGUUCAUAGAUAUUGUUCCACGAAGUCUCGAAAUAUUACUGAAAUUUGUACGGUGGUGGGCACGAACUUGCAACCCACUUUACAAACAUCCAUAAAAAUCGGUGACUUUUCAGAGCUAUAUCUUGGUUAAUUUACUACAAAUCACUGUCAAACUUGGCAGCUUUAAUGACUUUAAGGCAUUCUUUCCAGCUGCAUGGACAGGUUUACGCUAACUGGUUCCAGUAAAAAUUUUGAAAAAAAAAACAUUUAACCAGCUUUGAGUAAUUUUCUCCCUAACAGAACUCGGGAUUACUUUUCCUACCACUGUGAAUGGACUCAUUUUAAAAAUAAUUACCAAACCAACUGUUUUACCAAAUAGGGUGAGCUUCCCACUCAAUGAACGUGGUAACUUCCCAACGAAGUUUGGCGUGAAAUUUACAACUUUGGUUCAAAUUUCACAAUUUGAUUGACAACUACGUAAUGAAAUUGCCUAGUUCCUGGCGAACUUCGGGAAUUUCAAAUGAACUUUGGAAACCGAUUGUCAAAAGUAUUGUGAAGCACACUGUAAACCUUAGUCAGAUAAUUUCGCCUUUUCUUUUUUAAGUCCUUUCAUAAUAUUAUGUAAGACAAUUUGAAAAGAAAAUUAUAAGCAAAAAAAGCCCUUAAAAGGUCUUUUGCAAUCACUGAACAUUCUUAAUCUUCCUGAUUUUUUUUAUAGAAUAUGCUCAAGUAGAAGCCCUCUGUUGAGAAUGAUCAUUAAUUUUGUUCCUUCUGAAAACCACCUUAAUACACAAAAAACUUUCUAGACUGUUCUUCGUACUCUGAACAUGUGUUUUUUAAGCUUUGUUUCAAAUGGUUAGAUAAAGGCCCCAAAGUAAAGGAAUUUCUUGUCUAUUACAGGCAUCCCAAUACAGCUUGUGAAGUACUUACUGCUGAUGUUUAUGCUAUCAUUGACAAGCUAACUAACAAUGAGGUAUUGGUCUUGUCUUAGUUAUACUGUGGUAUACAAUGCUAUUUGUUAUUUUUAAUUAACAAUUAAUGAAUGAGGCUGAGUGUCUUAUGAAGAAUUAUGGAGAUCGAGGAGGGUGUUCGGCUGGAUAACACCCUCCAAGAUCUCCAUAAUUCUUCAUAUGAUACAAAAGCUGAAUUCAAUAAUUGUUUUAUUAUUCAUUCAAAAUAAUUCCUAGUUUAAAAACAUAACUUCUCUUCUUACUGUUCUUGCCAUGAUUUUUUUAGCUAUUAUUUCACCUAGUUCUUACUCUUGAAACGAGUGAAAUGUCCACCAUUUUUGUUUUCACAACCAAAACAACUCAACCUCAUCCCCAGGUCUUCUCUGUUAACUGUGCAUUAACCUGCAAGAAGGUUGCACUUUUGACGUCAUUGGUUUAUUAAACACAAAAUUCUUCCAAAUUUGGUCAUCAGUAGCUGGUUAUGGUGAAUUAUGUGUGUGCUUUUAGCCAAUCAGAAUCAGGGAAAUAUUUUGAACGAAUAAUAAUAACAUUUAUCAGUGUGUAAAGAAAGGUAAGGAAAAGUAUACCCGAUAGCCUGGGGCUAGUGGAUUUUGCUAUCGGGUUAGUAGACGCUUGAUAGGCAAGUGAAGUUUUUUGGGGAAAUUCAAAUUAGAAAAGAUUUGCAGUCCUGCUCAUAAAUUUUUUUUUUGUUGAGUUAAAUUGACUCUUGGGCUAGUACAUGCUAGGUGCUGUAAAACUGACUUUCUUUGCACCCUGAGUAUUUAACUUCACACCAAUACUGUAAUAAGAAUAUUGGAGGGUAAGUGAACUUGGGCAGGAAAGCAAUGAUGAGACUCUCACAACCCACAUUUAUCCAUAUGACAACAAAGCAAACAGCAGAGAUGUAGAGUUGCUCUACAAAACGUGUGAAUUUUUGAUGUGGCAAAGAGUAUUGUCCCUGAAGCUCCACUGCCCAUUACUGAUAUUGCUUGUGCUAGCUACCAUUUGCUUUUACUUAAUUCUAUGGAGACCUUAUCAGACCACCAUAGUGCACUUGUUUGAGGUAGAAAGGGUCUCUUCUCAUUGAUGUGGCAUAUCAUGUGGUUUCUCUGAGAAAACAUCUCACAUACUGCUCUUACUGUAUGUGUAUUGAUUAUUAUACUGAAAUUUCUUAAAAUUAUCAUCAUGAAAUAUUACUUUGAUAUGAUUUGAUCUGUGAUCAAAUCUGCAAAAUCACACCAUCAGAUAAAUUCAGGAGCUUGUCUAUACAGUCAACUCUGACACCUCUAUAAGACGGACACCUGGUGUUGGUCCCUGCCAUUUUUCAGUCAUUUUACUGUAACUAUACUCUCUAUAAGACAGACACCACUCUAAAACAAACAACUGAUACUUUUGAAGCCAUCAACAGACACUUGAGAAGUGCUUUAUGCAGUUAAAAAAAAAAUUUAAAAUGGAAUUGUGUGUGGUCUACAUAACAAUAAAUUGCAAACUUUUUAAUAAUUUGUAGUCUUUCUCCCGUUUGCAGAGGCUAUACUGUUACGCUUGUAGACCACAAAGCCGUGAAUGUUUGCUUGUAAUGCACAUUAUGAUUGCAGAAUAAGAAAAUGAUUCCACUAUUCUGUUACAAUGUUCUAGUUUUAGCUGUUUCGCAUGAGUUAAACAGACCUGUAUUGGUUCAGCUUAAGUUUUAACUGGUGUUAUGUUACCUCUACCCCCAUAUAAUCCAGGCACCUCCCUAAGACAGACAGCCGGGGCCUUUCCUGAAGGUGUCCAUCUUAGAGAGAGUUGGCUGUAUAUGCUGCUUUUUAAAAAUUAUUUAUAUUUAACUUUUUUUCUCAUUGUAGGAUCUACUCAACAAAAUCUGGUCAUUUAUGGCCUCGGAACCACCUCUUAAUCCUCUACUUGCAAGGUAAAAUAAAUUUUGGAGAUUUUUUUUUUUUUUAAAUGUUGGUUUUUGAAGUUUUGUUUUUACCUGAAGGGUAACUAUCUGAGUCUUCAUGGCAAUACCAUUUUUUAUUUCAGUUUCUUUAGCAAGGUCAUGGGAGUUCUUAUAAGUAGAAAGACAUCUUUGGUAUGUAUUUGAUCAUAGGUGAUUUCAUUUUUUGGAGGUGAUUUAUCUCUCUUGAAAGCAGUUUUAGAAAUUCAGUGUUCGAUUUGCUCACUAAGCAGAGAAAAAACAAAAGGCAUAAAUCCAAGACCCUCAGUUUUUCAACCCUGCUUGGAUUUUUGCCCAAAUACUGCCUUAUAAAAGAAUUGAACUUUAAAUCCAGAUUGAGCUUCAGAAUUUGAUAAAAAAAUUGUCCAUUCCUACAAUCUGGAUGAGUUGCCUGUUCAAUGGAAUCCGUACAUGUACACUGUUCUAUAAAACCAACAAACCACUUGUGUCAGGACCGGAUAUAUCGGUUGUUCACAAGUAGUUACCUUUUGGAAAUAUCCACAAUAGACCUAUUCGGCUAACUCAAUGUUGUAUCCAAUUCAAAUCUCCCGGGGAUAAGAUUCUUUGUGUAUUGUAUUUGCAUUAUAAUGUGGCGUUCACAUUUAAAUGAUAUGGAAAUUCCUGAAACAAAACGUUUUAUUCCCAAAGGGUUUGAAUUGGGUACAACAUUGAGUUAGCCGAAUAGGUCUAUUUGCUGAGAAAAUCUAUUGCUUGAUACUGCUGUAAUUUAUUUCUUAUUAGAAAUCCACUACCAUCUCAUCACUGAGAUCAAUAUUUCAGUCUCCCUUUUUACCUGUUUAGAUGUUGGAGUACUUAAAAAGUAAAGAAGAUUUUGUGGAUUUAAUAAUAAAGCACCUUGGAACAUCAGCUGUUAUGGAUUUACUUCUCCGGUUAAUAACUAGCGUAGAAUCACCACAGCUUCGGCAAGAUCUUCUAGAGGUAUGCUGGUGAUUACAGCAUUUGUUUGUCCGGUUCUUGUUUUUCUCUAGACGUACUGUUGUAUAAAUUAAACGUGUGUCCUUUUAAGCAUCACAGAGUACCCAGUGGCCUGUAACUUCAAAAUCCUUGGUACUCAAUAGUACCAAUGAACUUAGAACGUGUACAACAAUAGUUUUUGCUCUGUUUGAGACACUUGCAACAGACGAUAUUCCUACUCCCUAACGAUCGUGGCGAUUAAUUUUGUAUCAGGAGGGGGCUUAGCAUUCUACACACAGUCCUUGCAUUGUAAGGAAGUUAAAGAUGACUUGAAAAAUAAAGUUUAUUAAUAAAUUCAUGUUUAAUAUAUUAUUUAUCAUUAUAUUCAGUCACAAAUGCAUGCACAUUUUACUAGAUGAGAAGUUGAACUCAGACUUAUUCAAAAAUGACAAUACUGAGUAGUUUAAACGCCAUUUUACAGAUACACACUCAGAUAAUAAAGAAUGAUAAGAGGUAUUGUCUAUCAGUAAGCAGCACAAUGAAUCCACUGCCUUUCAUGUUUUCUUUUUCUGGAAUACAGUCAUUUUCGAGGCAUCCUUAUUUGAACUUAUUUUAACUGCCCAUUGUGGUUCAAUGUUUUUUAUGCAUGUAAAUUUUAUCCUCGGUUUAAAUUUUAUUUUUUUUCUUUAAAAAUCAUUAUCAUACAUUACCAUAUCCUUAAACAAAAGAAAAUAAAAUUUCAACCAAGAAUGAAAUUGAACCACUACAUAAAUAAUUAUGUUCUGUGGUUUAUAAUAUUGAAUUUACACAUUAUCAUUAAGUGUUAUUUGUUGGACCUUCAAACAUUACAGAAAUAAGUAUUGUUAACGUACAUUGUGAAUUUAAAUGUUGACUAUCUACCUAAUUCAAAAUGUGUUUACUGUAGCUUUCAUGUGGUGAUCCUAUUACUACACAUCAAGAGUAUAUAAUUUAUCACUAGUUUUGAAAUAAAUCUUGCUGCCAUUUAUCUGUAAAUUGGUAUUUGGCAGGUUACAUUUUACAGCCAACUUUAUUCUAAUUUGCACUGUGUAGUUGUCAUGAAAAUACCAUCUUGGGAAAGGCCAACCUAUAUUGUGUACUUCUUUUCAAGUGCAAACGUCCUUGAUAUGGCCUUCUUUAAAGGAGCUGUGUCACGAAAUUCAGUCAAAUUACGAAAUUACAAAAUGCCCGUUAAAUUGAGAGAAACAUACAAAUAACCGCUUAAAACUUUAAAGGAAGAUUAAAAUAACAUAACAGAAACAACAGAUACCACGGAUGGGCAAAACUGAAGAAGAUUGAAACGGAUUGAAAUUGGGGUUUUUGAAAACUGUUCAGCCCAACAGUUUUUCAAAGUUGAUCCCUGCUGCUUGCAACUUCAAAAAUAAUGCUCAGGAGACAUAUUUGUUUGUCUCGGAUCUCUAAUUUUGUCAUUUACCUGUAAUUUCUUAGCUUACUUUAAGUUCCAUAGCAAUUGAGGGCAAGUAAUUGGCAUAACUAAACAAAAUGAACUGGACUGCUGUGACACAGCCCCUUUAAAGUGAGCCAUCAAACAUUCAUUUCAGGUCUUUGUAGGCCUGCACAACUGCUCAGAGCUCAGGGUUCUCAUUAAGUGCUAGCAGGCAACUAAAAAACCGGCUACUUGGAGGUUUGAGCUGUCUACUUUUCGGGGAAAUAGGGUAAACUGAGAGAGUGAAAACCUGAAAUUGCCUACAAAACUCAAUUGGCAAGCCGCCUACAUUUACAUCCUUGCUGUCUACUUUCAAACUUAAUGAGAACCCUGAGGGCUAUUAAGCUUUAGCAACAGCUUGCAAGUAAUUUUCUCAUUAUAUUUUCAUGUCACCCUGUAAGGGUGAAUAUAAAUUAUCUGAGCUUCUAUUUUUGUCUCCUUUCACCUUACAGUGGUUAAAUAAUCAGAAGCUUGUGGAAAGCUUGGUCUCUCUUAUUGAUCCUGAAAUUGAUGAAGAUGUGAGUACAUUAGCUGGACUGAAUUACUGUUGCUCCAGUUUCGUUACUUGACCCAAGAAAUGAUUUCUUGCAGAUGUUACUAACUAAUAGAGGGAAGGGAGUUUUUGUACAUUUCGAGUGAGAUACAUUCUGAGCUAAUGAAAGAGAGACAUAGAACUGCUUCUUUGAGUUUCUUUUAUGAGACUCAAACAUUGCUGGCAGUUUAUCACUAUACGCGUUGAUACUCAUGUUUGUAACUUAUUUCUCUCUCUGAAAUUUUGUUUUCUGCAAAAAAGAAUCAAACAAACAAUUCACUUAAAAUGGAAAUGGUGAGACCAAUUUUAACCAUGACAGUGGAAAGAUUAUGUAUUUAGUAGAUAUUUAUCAAAGUGAGCAUUUAUUUAUGUUGUGUGUUUCUUUUGCAGAGGAGUAGUAACGCUGCACAAAGCCUUUGUGAUUUAAUAAGACUCAGUAGAGAUCAUAUGUCACAACUUCAAGAAAAUGCUGACCAGGAUCCUUUACUUGAUGCAGUGCAAAGGUUGGUGCUUCUGUAUUGUAUAGUUCAACAAUCAGUGAACAGAUUGUUGAGACCCUUUUGUCAAACAGAGUAUAUUUAAAAGAACAAACGAGGCAGUCGAGACUCAUGUUUCCACACCCACCACCAAAGUUGGCUUGUUUGAUGUUUUCUACAGGAAGGUUGAAGACGGGCAGAACAUUAUUUUUUAGUCCGCUACAGUCCCUCAAAAGAGAAAUAAAAAUUUUACUUUCCAGCUUCAGUCAUGACAGUUGUCUCCUUUACCGGUUACCCAUGAGUGAGGCAAUGACCCAUUGAAAUAGAAUUUUUGUCUUCAUGGCAAGGAAAUUCCAUGGUGUGUUACAGUUAAGGGUUUGUCACCCAAUGUAUCGCAAUGUAUCAUGAUUAGAACAUCAAGCCUAACACUUUUACAUCUAUUUGCUAUGGUGAUAAUUUUGUUAUUAUAAUUUAUUGCUGAUAAUGGUUUGGAAAUUUACCAUUGUCAGGUUAUGUGUGUCUCAAUUCUGAAAGUCUGUGUAUUCAACUGAAGUGGAUGCAUGCUGAUGAUGUCUUUGAUUCUCCUCCCAAAGUGUCCCGUAUUUUAUGUUAGACAGGAAUGACAUUACAUCAAGAGUUACUAUGGUUUUCACGACCCCCUUCAAUUGCUACAUUAUGUUUGUUUGUUUUUUUUUUUUUUCAGGAGAGAGACAGUGUCAGAGUUGUUGGAUCACAUGCUUCAUGAUGUUCAGCUUCAUCCAGAUGUAGCUCUAGUAAAUGGAAUCUCUGUCCUUCUAACACUUCUUGAAGUCCGUAAAGGAAGGUAGAGCAAACUUCAUGUUACAAAACAUUUUAUUAGUAAUGCAACAACCUGGGAUACCGGCACAGUAAAUACAACUCAUUAUUACUCAAGCUAUGUAUACUAUCAAAAUUUUAUUAUCAGUAAAAAUGUACAUGAGGAAAUAAAUUUGGGAAUGACCAGUAUUGUUUUAUCAAUGGUAUAUUCAGCUGUAUUGUUAUGACUUUUACAGAGUAACUUUAAAAAUUUUGAAUGAGUAUUUGAAGUAUUUCGUUGCAGGGGCUGCAUUGUUUCUUAAUUAACAUAUUUUUUUCUUCCUCAGUGGUGAGGGGGAAGAACCCAUGACAGCCUUGGAUGCUGAAAGACUUGCACAAGGUGAGAUAAAACAAAAUAAUUAUUUACCUUUUAAAACUAGAAAUAUGUGUAUGUCUAACAGUGUAGAUUUUACAAGUAAAAAUGCUAAGGCCCUCUUAUGGGGGAUAAGUAUGCCCUUAGUCUGCAUUUCAAAACCUUUGGUUUCUCGUAUUGAGGUGAAAUCCAUGUCCCUGUCAGUCUUUUACUAUUGUAAUUGCACUUGUCUUUAUUGCCAUCACAGUUUAAGCCACACUCAUGGAUAAACCAUGCCUCCAAUUUUCAGCCUUGAUUUAAAAAGGGUUUGGUUGGCAUCUUAGAAUUUUUGAAUGGGCAACUUAACGUGCUGAGUCAUGGAUCGAACAUUGUUCUUAUUGAGUUGUAAUUGUCAUCCAUUGAUGACCAUGUGGAAACAAAUCAAGAAAAUGCAUCAUUUCUAUGAAGCACAUAGAUCUUCAGGCUUGACAAAGAACAAGAAAUCAUGCUGUUUGUAAAUCAGACUCGUCUUCAAAUCAAAAACAUAAGCGAUGUUGCUUCCUUUACAGAUGGAUAAGAUACAUAUCCACCUUGAACCCUAAAACUGCUGAGUACAUUACAAAUUUUGUCCUACUUACAGGUGUCAGUGCUACUCUAGCUGCCUUGACCCCAAGACUCAAAGAUGUUCAUCAGCUAUUAGUGGAUCCUCCGCCAGUAAGGAACAAUCAUGUUUGCUGUAUUUCUUCAAAUAAUAGCCUUCUCUCAGUUAAUCGCCUACCUCAGUAAUCGCCCCCCUGGAAGAAAGAUUUAAAAUAAUGACCGCCCUUGAUUAAUCCCCCCCCCACACCACUUUUGCCAUGAUCGCUUUCUUUUAUCCAGCAGAACUGAUCAGUGAUGAUUCAAGCUCUGACACUGAGGAUAUCUUGACAUAUUAAAAAUUAAUCAAGGAACCAAAUUUAGAACACUUACAGAGCCCAUGUUCAUUGUUUGAUUUAAUUGUUUGAUUGAAAAAUUAGGACACGACUUCCAGUGAGCACUAUUUGAAAUAAUCGCCUCCCUCACAUUAACUCCCCCUUAUUUGUCUAAAAGUAAUAAGAAUUGCCCUUGGCUAUUAUUCAAGGAAAUACGGUGUUUUAAUAGUAAAACCGACUGGAUGUAGAGCUUUUAGGCUCCUCGUGAAUUUUCUUAGAUGACAGUGGUUAGUUUUGCAAGUGAGCUACUUGAUGUAUGUGUCUCCUUUGGUUGUUAACUCACCCCCCUUCAAUAUAACAUGGGUACAAAGUAGAAUGUGUCAUUGCACAAGGUUUUUUUUUUGGGUGGCGGGGGGGAGGAGAUGGAGUAGUUGGGAUAAUCAUUCCAGACGGCAAACUAAAAUGAUCUCCCUCAAUGCUGCUAUUGUGGUUAUUUGUCUAUUUUAGCCAGUGCUAUACUCCUAAAGCAACUUGUAAUAAACAAAUGCAAUUUUCCUUACAUGGCAUUUUCAUUUUCUUCUUAGAUGAAACCAAUGUUGACGACUAUAGGCACUUUGGACCCUCCCCUAGGGAAUGCUCGACUUCAAGCCUCUAAACUGAUUGCUGCUGUAUUAGCUACUAACAGUGAUACAAUUAAUGCAGAGCUAGCUAACUUAGGGACUGUAAAAGUUUUAUGGGUAUGUAUUAUAGUCUUUUUUGAACUUCAGAUAAUCCAUUUUCUCAAGUGAAUUUUUAACUUAGUUUUGUCUUCCUACAAGAAGUGAAUGUAGAUAAUGCAACCAUAGGUAGUGCCUGGACAAAAACCCAAAGUGUAGUGGCUUCUGAUAAACUGCUUAUUUCUUCCAUGUAUCUUAUCAUGAUGCAGAUAAUUUCUCCUAUUUUCCUCUGUUCAAAAAUUAUCAGCACAGGACUAUCAUUAAGGGCAAGGAGGAAGAGAUUUCCCUGGCUCUAAUUGGAAAUUUACAGCAAUGUAACCCCCAACUAUGAAGUUGGCAGAAAUGUGAUUCAUUGACGAUAAAGUCAAACAACAACAACAACAACAACAACUUUAUUAAAAAGCAUUGAAAUACUUUAAACAUACACAGAUUUGUGGCUGCAACGAAAGGAGGUUAAUUUCAACCAGAUUACCAGAUUUUAGUUAAACAAACCUGCAAGGGUUAACUUUUAAUUUUUUUAGGUUCGGUAGUCAUGUCACUGCAAGCAGGAUUUUGCAGGACAUGGUUAUUAAUGUUUAGUGCAACAUUGUCGUUUGACACUGUCUUAUUUGCAGUUCUAUGUGAGUGGUUAAGUUACUUUCAGCCUUUGAGCUCAGAUCUAAUAAUCUCUUCUUAACUUGCAGGAGUUAUUUUUUAAGUAUUCAUGGAAUAAUUUUCUCCACACCCAAGUGGAAAAGUGUAUAACCACAAUUUUAAAUAAUCCUCCAACGGAAGAAGAUGGAGAACAAUGCACCCCUUUGGUGGAUGUUGUAAGUUUGCCUUUAUUUACAAGGUUGUUCCUGAGGGUCCCCUUGUCAUUCGAAGGUUAUGUUGACAUUAUACUGGUUAGCUUUUUCUGCUGACACAAGAACCAUCCAGUAUAGUAUGAGCACCUAUCCGACAUCAAGCCCUAGGAUUUCAAAUCCCAUGGAUUACAGUUUUUCAGUUCCGUGCCCAGAGAUCAUGGGAACCCAUUGGUAACAUUUUCUUGGUUCCAUGAAAAUUCAUGGGAACCCACUUUUAUUUUUUUUGAUGUACAGAAACAUGUUGUUAAACAUACUUGAUAACUAAAGAACAUCAUUUUGAUCCCUCAGGGUAUGUCACUGGGAAACUAUUUUUCGGUUCCUCUAUUUUAAAAUCACGGUAAUGACACAGUAUCGGAAAAGAUCGUUACCGUGAAAUCCUAGGGCUUGCGACACGUGACUCUCUACUUUAGAGAAUGGUGCAGUGUGGCGUAGCUCUGCUCCUUUACAGAAAUUGUGCCAAAUUCCUCUUUCUUACCGUACCUGUGAACAGAAGCCCUAUCCAGUAUGGUUUUCUUGCUGGUGCAAAAGCUAUCUGGUAUAGCCUAAAUCAAAAUGAUUAUGAUAGUCUCACUGUGUCUAUAUUAAGGAAUAUUUAGUUCCAUCUUUUUCCUGGCACAAAAAUUUUUAACAAACUGUAACUCCCUCUAAACAUUGUGAAGAGUGAAAACAUUCAAACGUUCUGCCGUCAAGCAAGACAUUUCUUUUUAUCAUAACUUUGAUAUUUUAUUAUAUUUUAGGCUUUAACAGUGAUUUUGCAUUGUAUUUUUAGUCUUUUUAACGUAGAUCUUAAAUUCUAUUAUUGUAUUUUUAUUAGGCUUUUUAAAUGUAAUAGUUUAUGAAAAUUCUUGAUGUAAAUUAAUUUUUAAGAUACAGGGCCCCUAUGGAGACCAGCCUUAGAGCUGAAUGGGCUACCCUGUGUAAAUAAAGUUUUACUUACUUACUUACUUACUUACUUACUUACUUACUUACUUACUUACUUACUUACUUACUUACUUACUUACUUACUUACUUACUUACUUACUUACUUCAAUAGUAAUACAAAGCUGAAGAGAUUUUGUCAUCUUUUGUUGUCUUUUUCUGUAGUUAUUUAGAGACUGCCAGAUUAUUCAAAGGAUUCUUCAAGAGUGGGAAGAUCAAGAGUCAGACACGUAAGUUAUAUACAGUGAUGAUAAUAAUAAUAAGAAUUUCCUUUUGUCAGUGUGGAAAUUAUAUAAGACUUGAAAUGCUUCAAAGCCAUUUGCAUAAUUUAUUUCUUCAUAUUAUAGUCUUGAUGAUGGCAUUUUGAUGAUGCUGAAAGGUUGUCUUUUAACGCUCUUACUUACUUGUUUCUGUUUCACUAAAUCAAUGUUAAUUUAAUAAUAAUAAUAAUAAUAAUAAUAAUAAUAGUAAUGAUAAUAAUAAUAAUAAUAAUAAUAAUAAUGAUAAUAAUAAUAAUAAUAAUAAUAAUAAAAUUUAAUACAAUAUACAUCAACAACUAAAUAAAUGUGUGCCAUUACAUGUAGGUUAACCUCUAGAAGUGAACAGCAAAAAUGUAUCAUAAUGCUGAAUUAUGUUGCGGGCUAAGCCUAUUGAAAAAACAACUUGUGCAAUGUUUGCCUGGAGCAUUAUAGCAGAUUUACUUUAAUGAUAGUAUGUGUCUGGUUAAAUUUAUGCAGAGGCCAGAAGAAUCUCCGUAAAGGAUACAUGGGUCAUUUGACAAAUGUGGCGAACAGCAUUGUGCACAGUAAAGAGAAAGGCAAAAACAAGGCUGCUCUUGAAACAAUAUUUUCUGGUAGGUGUAAACUACAGUUCAGUGCUAUAGGCAUUGGCAGUUCAGUUAAUGUUCAAGUGAAGCUGGGCCUAAAAGAAAAAAAAAAUUGAAUUGCCCGAGGCCAUUGCUUGCUAGUCUUUAUUAAUAGUAUUUUCAUCACACCAUGACUUGCUUAGAUCCUUACCCACUGGGCAAGUGGGCUUAAAAGUUACUUGCCAAGCAAGAAAAUGUGCUGAAAAAAUAAGUUAGAUAGUUAAGAAUUGUAGAACUUUAAAGGAAUCAAGAAGGCCCAACACAGAUGGACAAUGCUUUUUCCCUCAUGAAAAUUUUUCAGAAAUCUUGAGUUCACCUUCUGAUAUUGUUAAUUUUGUUAUUCUGGAAAUUUUUAGAUUUGCCAGAGAAGGUUCGUGAAAAGUGGAAUACGUUUGUUAGCGGCAAGUUGGCAGAAGUCAACAAGCAAAAUUUAUCUGAAUUGGUGAGUCAUACCUGUGGAAGGAAUAUUGAUAUUUUCUUAGCCAUUACUCAAUCCAUUAAUGCUGUGUUUCCCAACAUGAGUGCUAGUCCUUAUCUUGGCCCUUGCAACCUGAGUAAGCAUAACCUGACAUCCAGAUUACAAUCUUGAUGUAGCUUGUCUUAUGCUUGUUGUCUCACAUUUUAUUGAAACUGAUGCAAGAAAACAGAUUUUUGUGCAUUUUAGGGACUUCCUCUAGUAAAGUCCAGUGUCCCCUGGCAAUCUACUGUUGCCCUUCAGCAUCCAGGAAAUCUUAGCUUUUGCAACAAUCUUUUAUGCUGGACACCUUGGAUUUCAAGUUCUGAGCUUGUGGGCUUCGUUCAAUUUUUAGAGAAGACCCAGAUUUUGCUUUCUUUUUACUCAUCAAUGGAAUUGUCCUAUUUACCGCUUUUCUUGUCAUUCCAAAAUUGUUUUAAGCACAAAUAGCCUAGUAGCUAGUGGCUGUCAUAAUUUACUAGUUGUUCUUUCUUUCUUUCUUUCUUUUUUUUGUAUCAAGGUUGGUCAUCAUUUUCAGUCAUCUUCAGAUGAUGAUGAUGAUUUCAAGCCAAUAUCAUUCUUACACACAGAAAGCUCACUUCAACAGGUAGAAAUAUUCAGUUUAAAAUGUGGGGUAAUUUACAGUUCACUUCUGACAUUUCAACACCCUUGGGGGUGUGAGUUAUUGUCCUUAAAAUAAUGCGAGUCCACAAACGUAAAGUGCAUGAGCAAUUUCUUAAGAAAACAUGUGCAUUAUAAGGGCAAUGUGUAUUUUUAUUUAAUACAAUUUUUAAUUUGCUGCACAAAAAUUCAUAAAUCCAACAAAAUGACAAAUAAUUGAAUAAUAUUAAAUAAUUAUUGUUGAAGUAUAUUUUGCAUUGCCAUUGUCAGGAGAGUUAGAAAUGGUGAUGUCAUGAUCUAAAAAAGUGUCUUACUUCCAUAAUAGCAGGAGUUGAUUGUAGUGAAAUGUCUGAAAUUUGGUUGGAGCUUAAGCUGCCAACCUGUCAUAGUACAGUAGCUAGGUGUCUGAAGUAAUGAGGUCCUCACAAGACGAGAGUUGACUUUAAUAUGAAAUGCCUUGAAGGCCUCCAGAUUUGCUUUUCUCAACAUGGGAUUGCUGGUCCUGAGUGUUUUUCUGUUCGUUCUAAAAGCGGAAUGUGGUGAUUGUGUGGUGAUCAUGUAAAAAGAUUACUCAAUAAGGUUCUGCUAACACUCUUUGUUGGUGAUUACUUUUAGAGCGUUUUGUGGUGUGGGACUUACAUGUAUCUUGUCUGUUUUUCUAAGGCAUUUUCUCGGUACCAGAUGCAACAAAUAACAUCAGAAUUUAUGGACACAUUUGGCCGUGAUGAAGAAGAGCUUAAGGACCCAGAUGACUUAAUUAGGUAAGACACAACUGACAAAGUUGAAAAACAUUGCAAUAAAAAGAUCACACUAAGUUAUUUUCAUCUAGAAAAUAACAAUAUUUUGGAGUAAAUUUGAUUGAUUUUGAUAAAUUAAAAACCCCUCACCUUGAUUUAAGCUUUGAUUUUAACAGGUAAUAGUAAUCUGUGACAGUGAUAAUCAACCGUGUCAAGGUUUAAAGGAUUAAUGACCUUAUUUCUUUCUGUUGCAGCGGCCCGUUUGACAGAAUUGGGGAUAUCAGUUUUUCAAUAAAUACACAUGAAGAUAAUGUGAGUCUGGAUUGUGAAAACCUUUUACUUACAGUCAAUAAUUUAUGGUACAAAUUGGAGUGGGACUGCUUUAUUGAGCUUAAAAUGCAAGGUGUAGCCCAGUGUUAUAGACUUGUUGGAGCAGGAAUGGUGAGGCAAUUGAAUGACUUCAAAAUCUUCUACUGUAGUUGUAUUGAUUUUGGCAGUAGUAUUUAGAUUUUGGGUUAUUAUAGUCAAUAUAAUAAAACAAGACACUCAUUAAAGAGUAUUUUUCUUUGUAUUUUUUUUAUGAAGUAUUACUUAGUUUUUACAAAGAAAUACUAGAGAAGUAUUGUUAAGCCUCUGAAAACUGAUUUAGAAGCAAUAAACAGCUCUUUACUUGUAUGUGAAGGCACUUAAACUGCAGCCGUUGUUUUUUUGAAACUGCAGCCUAACACUGCCCUUUUUGAAGCUUGCUGUAAUGAAAAAAUUCAACAGUUUGAUGAUAGUGGGAGUGAUGAAGAGGUAAGUGUGUGCUUGGACUCUUCUAUCAUUUUAAUACUAAAGAAAAAUUACACCCGAUGGGCAAGCUGGGGUGUUGGGUACUUAUAGGGUCUAACAUUUACAUUUAUUUACAUUUUGAAGGCAAGCCCCUCAUCUGAGCAAAUCAUGCUCUGACAAAGAACUAGCACUCAAAGCGUCCAUUUCUCGGAUCAUUCUAAAAUUAUGUUUUUGGGAAACUGCCCACCUACCCCUCCCCUAAACUAACAUUUUGCCCUAAGUGAGAAGUAAGUGUCAAUGUUGGCUAAAGGAAGGGGUAGGUGGGCAGUUUCCCAGAAACGUAUAACGAUCCCAUUUCUCUAUCUCCCUAGUUGGCCAUUCUACUUUAUCUACUCAGUUGACAAAAUUAAGUCUUUGUAUUUCACUUCCCCACUAAUGCAACAGCUGAGUUUCUGAAGAAGCUAACCCUUAAUGGCUCACGUUCAGUAUAUUAAAAUUCAAACAUGACUCCAAGGCUUUAGGGUCCAUUGUCUUGCAAUUCCCAAAGGACUUGAGGACAAAGAAAACCAAACCGAGUAUAGAAAAAUGACCAGAAAGCCUCAGAGUCAGAAUUUUGAUAAUAUUGAACAUAGGCUAUUCAAAAGUAAGGUAAUUUACCAGUUACAUACAAAAUUAGGAGCUGUCGAUAAGAAGCUAUCUGUGUUGUCGUCACAAAAUUUAAAUUUAAUGUAAUUAAAGAUACUAUUCAUUUAGGUACAUUUAUGUCUAUGAUAUGCUCAUUUUUUAUUUGUCUCAAGAUGUACAAUCAUGAGACAAACGAUAAUCAAUAGCAAUCAAUAAGAUUUUUUUGUUUGGUCUGUAGGAGAUGUGGGAAGAAAAGGAGCUCACAUUUUCAUCCAUUGUUGAAUCAAGACAAAGGUUGGUGACAAAAUGCAUAGGUGGCCUUUUACUGAGGUGAUCCAGCGUGCAAAGAAAGUCGUGUCCGAUAGCCCGGGGCUAGUGGAUUUUGCUAUCGGGCUAGUGAUUUUUGUCCUUAACUUGCCCAACGGGCAAGUGCUGUGUUUUUGGGAAUUUCAAAUUACAGAAGGAUGGUAAAUAAUCCUGCUAAUCAAAAAGGGUUUUGGGGCUAGUUGAAAUGACUUGUUGGCUAGUACAUGCUGGCUACAGCUUGCCCGAUUGGCAGGCUGUGAAACUGACUUUCUUUGCACCCUGUGAUCGUAAGGCAGAGUGCCACCUUAUUAUUGUCAUUGUCAUUAUGAAUUUGCUGAUUUCAUCAUUGCUCUGCACCCCUUCCACUCAUUCUUUAUGACACUUUUAUGAGUUUCUUGCUGGUUGUUUGACACCUCAGUGAUGUUUGGUCUCAAUUUGCAGUACCCUGUCCCCUGAAGCAGGAAGUGACAGUGAAAGCAGUGACAGUGAAGAUGAUUUAGAGUCACCUGGGCAUAAAGUUCCCAAUGUAGGAUUUGAAGGCAGCAGCCCACAGGGAUCACCAGUUAAACAAGCACCUGCCUCUAGCACUGCUUCAGAUAGCAAAAUGGAAGUUGAUCCCUCUGAUGGUGUGUUAUUAAAAAGUCUGUUACAUCACAUUCUCCCAAAUGGCCCAAAUCAUUCAACAUAAACCACAUUUUCUGUGAUUCCUUUUUACAGUACUAGUGAACCUCCCCUCCAGCUGACACACAAUGGCUAACUCAUCCUUAGCAGCCACCAUAUUUCUCAGCCCGUGAAUACAGCCACUUAUUAUCACUUCUUGUCUCUAGGGAUGUUGUGUGAGAGAGAUGUCAGCGUUUUGGUCUCAAAAACCCAUACUGAUGAUGUAAAUCUUUCCAGAGUCUGGUCAGGAGCUCUGAUUGGUUGACUAAGUAGUCUUAUACUCUUUCAGCUAUUGUUUAGAAGUGACAGACCAAGGCCAAAAGGCCACAAACAUCAAUUGUACGAGUCUUCAAAUUAAUCAAAAAUACUCAUUUCCUGCAGUGUGUCGCUUGGCACUUGGUUUACCUUAUUCUCUUUGGAAUUUUCUCCACAUGUUUUACCAUUAUUAUCCUUUCCAGCAUGGUCAAUGGCAUUUGGACAAGGUGAAGUAGCCGUUGAUGAAGCUGUUUCUAUGGAUGCUUCCGAUGUAGGCUGGGGAGAUACACCAACAACGACAGCAGACACUGGCUGGGCCACAUUUGACAGUUUUACAGACAUUCGAAUGGCUCCAAGCAGGUGUGAACUCAAUAUGACUAUUAGUCACGUGCAACCUGGCACUUUCUUAAAAUAUCUUGCCAAAUAAACUGCAUCCACUUGUUUUCACGGCUUUCACCCUCUAGAACCCCAAUAAACUUCAAGCACUGAUGGCAUUGUGGGUGUGGCAUUACAAAUAAUAAAGAGAAGCUGUUGACCUUUCAACACAAUUCAGUUCAUCUCGGGUGAUUGUGUCCUUAAUUCUCAUAACUUUCCUGUUCGAUUUAGCUGCUGGUUACAGGGUGAAAUCAGAUGCUAAUAACUCUGUGGGAAUAUAGCUUUAAACAUGGUUGUGCUGAAUUGUAGUGACUUGAGCUUCCAGAGCCAGCUCUCAGGCUCAGCUAUGUUAUUUUGUUUUAAAUAACUUUAAGCUAACCUGUGACUCCCCAGUGUUGUAACCUCCACAUCUGUACUCAGUAUACUCCACUGUGGUCCUGUUUACUUGCUGUUUGAACCUUACACGUGGUUGACUUUUGUUGUUUUCAGUGAAUCAUCGGAUGAUGUAGGCGAUUCUCCUGUAGCCAUGGAAACAGAGACACCACAAUUUAUUGCACAGGCAGGAGCAGCAUACAGUGAGUUAACUGCCGUCGUGGAUAGUAAUACCUCAGCCUAUUGAUGUGCUUGUGAUACAAUACUCAAUUUAUCAGUGAACAAAAACGUAUACUCACCGUUUUGUCAAUGAGUGAUUUGUGUGCUGUAGAGAAAAUGUCAUGAGUGUUGAUUAGAGUAAUGGGCUUGUUUUUCCUUCAACAAGUCAGAUAGAAAGUUUUUUAAUCCCUGUUUCAAAAAAUAUAUUUUGACCCUUUAAGUAACCCUAGAAAUAAGAUAUGGGCAAAAAGUUUGUUCUCCGUUGUCAAUCCAAGUUAUCUCUAUCUCCACAUGCUGACGGGACAGUUUUUUUUUCCCAUAUGAAGAUUUAGCUCCCAAAAUGCUUCACUUCGUCAUAUCGUUACUUAUGACGGAAGGGUGGGGCAGCUAAAUGUUUUGCCGAUGGGGUGGGUGCUUAUUUGGGGGAGGUAAAUAAUUGGACCGAUCGAUCAUUUGAGGAAAUACAGAACUGCACUGGAUAUAUAGAUAAAUGAUACACUCUCCUGCUUUAAUUUUGUUAUAGUUGUUAAAGAAGAUACUAGCCCAAACAAGGAAGAUGAGCUGAGGUACUUAAUUAAAUCAACACUCUUUUUCUCUACAACCUGUUAUUUUACUCAGUUAUCUAUAAGUCGCCACUUGCCUCGUCCUUAGGCCUCAUUGUUCCGCGCGGCCAAUGCGUUUUGGGUCACGUGGUCCAAGCGAGUUAUGCAUUGACUGAGAAGGCUCGGAAAUAUGUCUUACAGGGACCAGGCAAAGUCGCGUCUGAGAGCAUAUGAAUUUUUUUAUUAGAACACAAGGCCUCGUGUCCAGUGCUGAGGAUCUUGGAGUUACCCGGAAUACAGAUGAAGAGAAGUCUACAGAGCAGACUGAAGCUUCCCCUGCCUUGGACAGAGCUGCUUUGUACAGGUAAAAAUAACCGGGAAGCCAGAAUGGUUAUUUCAAAUAUCGAAAUAGUAAUAUCGUGUUCUGAUUAAGUAGUUUAAUAAGACAAUGUCAAAGUUAACCUUCCCGUUCCUCGUUUCCUUAAAAAAGACAAGCAUCUGUUCGUGAAAAAUGUUUUCGUGUGAUAGACGUCAUUUACCGCAGAGUAGUAUGUUUGUUUACCCGUUUCACUUCUAGCUAGUUAUUUUGGAAAUAAAAGGUCGAGAGCCAGAGUUUCACUGCAAUAGAACGCGUAGACGAUCGAAUGAGCCAAUCAGGUCUCACAGAAAACACGUGGCGGGAAAACGCCUGUGAACAAGUGACGAUUGCUUUCAGUUUUGAUUCUCAUUGGUUGGGAAGGUAGUGUAAGAUUUCUUAGCCAAUCAGAAUGCAAAGCAGGUCAAAAUCAAAGUAAAAACAAAACUUGUUUUCUGUUUUGUCAUCAGGUGCGAGGCUCAACCAAGUGAUAGCUCAGCACCUUUAGCGACAAAUGAUAGUGAUGAUGACAUUUCAGAUGACGAAACCACUCCAGACAAAUGUGAGGAAGCUUUCUCUAGGUGAGAUGGGCUGAACAACACCUCUGUUCUUCCUCUGUAUUUUAUUGGCACUGAUUUCUACACUUCUGUGUUGUAAUACUCCUUUUUGCAGCAUUUUAGGAAAAAAAUUUGGAAUGUUAUAGGGUGUAAAGUUAAAUUUCAACUUUCUCCAACAUAUUAACUAAUUCCAAACGCCAUGUUCUCCAAACGUCUUAGCUUUUUCCGUAAACACCAUAAAUAAACCUGCACCGUGAGCUCAGAAACUUGUAGCUUGUAGAGAAGAAAAAUCGAACUUGUUUAAGCGAUGCUAAAUACAUUGUAAUAACGCUUUUUAGACUGACAGAUGAAGGAACAACAGGAGAAGGGUCUCUGGGCAGUGAGGUACUGGUAAGUUGUGUGUUGAGUGUGGUCCAUUUUGUGUAUUAUCGCCAAUUACGCGUCCUUACUCGCUAUGGAACUUAAAGUUAACGAACAAAUUAACUUGUGACUGACAAAAGCAUAGCUUGGUUAUAAGCGAGUAUACCUCCCAACCAUUAUAUUGAAGCUACAAACAACAGAGGGUCGUUUUUACCUUUCAUUUCCUUGCAAGAACAUAACUACACUGUGGAGUACAUUGUAUUCGAUCUGGCUUACACCACCAAGUUGUUGUGUUGUGUUGACUUAGGCCUAACCGGGGGUCUUUCGUUGUUUUCGUAUGCAGCCCCUGAAUAAUGUUCACGAGGCCAAAAUGACAAGUUCAAAGCUGGAUAAUGGACCUGUGGAAUUUACUACGGACAAGGCACAUCAAGGAUCGUCAAAGAAGAGUAAAACGGAUCAAGACGCACCGCGGUAAAUCAGUAAAUCCAUUGGAAGCGUUUAUUACCUAUUUUUUCAUCGCUUGUAGGUGGUCUUAUUUAAGGGUACUUUGCCUAGUAGUAUAUAAGGGAUGUUUUGCUCCUUUUUCGCGAAUAAAUCGUUUACUGAGCAGAGGAAUACAUCACCUCCGAUGAUGUCAUAGCGUUUUGUCUUUGUCUCUUGACUAAAAUGCUUGGAAUCUCAUUUUCGGUGGUUUUUGCCGGUUGAACGAGUUAUUUUGUUAUUUUUACGUCGUUGAAUGUCUUGGUUCAUGACUGGUUCAAUAAAAACUGAGAAAAGUGUUUAUUUAUGGAUUCAUGUUGUCGAUGAAAUCAAGCCGCUUGUGGCGGUGAUGAGACAAAGACAAAAGGCCACAACUUCAUCGGCGUUAAUGUAUUUCUCCGCAAAGUAACAAGAUUCCUCGGCAAAAAAGGUGUAUAACAUCCCUUCUAUACUACUUUGAGAUGACGCGAAAUCUCUUAACCUCUAUUAAGCGUUCACUUACCAAACAUCCAAAAAUCGUGUUUUGUAAUUACUGUUAACCUGACCUCUAGUUAAGCGUUUGUAGUCACUAGCCUUUCCCUUUUUAUUAUUGAAUUAUUUUUUAAUGUCCUCACCAGCAGCUGAUCACUGAAUGAACCUAUAUAAGCCAUAAGUUGACUAGAAGCGACGACCUGUUUUUGACCAUUAAUAUCUAAGAAACAUCCAAGCCUGUUACAUAAUCGUUUGUUCUUUUGUGCGACUUUUAAAUGUUACAAACUAUUGCAGCGAGCAACAUGUUGUUUCUUAUCAGUGUGAUUCUGUGUUUCAGGUCGCCUCUAAAAGAGUUAGUGGAGUCACAAACAAAUCUAGUGAAUGGCCCGGGAUAGCUUGAAAAAAGAGAAUUAGUGGCUUGGUCACUGUUUGUAACCUUGAUAAUUUUGUAUGUUUAUAGAUGACGGACUGUGUAAAAUAUUUUAAUAAUGGCUUGGACUGCAGUGUCAGUCCAGCCAUGCGGUUUAAUAGGAGCCAUGAUAUUCUGUAUUCUAGAACGUCUUUGUAAAUGCGAAGAUUUCUUAAAAGUCACUUCAUUUGACCAAAGGAUAGGGAACUUAGAGUCAAAUUUUUAAUGUUAUGAUAUAGCAAAUCUAGGGAGGAUAGCCUUCUUUGUAAAGAUGAAUUGUUUGCUUACUUACUCGUUCAAAAGAUGAACUAUCUGAUGUUUACUGCGCUCCUGAAGUGAUCAUAUUAUUUUGACUUUUCAUUAUCCUGGACAGAAAGCAGGUCGAGAUAAGAGUUGGGAAAAAUAAAAUAAUCAACGAGGACAGCGAAUGUGGUAUAAUUAUUAUCAGCGCUACUUUGACCGUUGUGGCGGCUUACUAGAACACUCCCGCUAAAGGGUACACUUAACGUAAAAAAAAUUCUUACUGGACAAUUGUUUUUACAUCUUUCA